GGUUUUUAACGGGAAGAAGUUUUUUUUCAAGGUUGUGAAAAAAAACUUUGACAAUAUUUACAUUGUCUAGAUUGCUAGAACAUGAGAUAGUUGUUUUCGCAAGCCAGUAUCAUCUACUGUUAGGAACCAGUCAACAUAUGUACACAAGAGAAAUAUAACUGCUUGGAACCAUACCAUCUGAAGUUUUGAACCAGUCUAUAUUUUAUAUAUCAGGGAUAUAGAACUGCUAGAAACCAGUAUCUUCUACAGUUAGGAACCAAUCUAUAAGAUAUCACUUCACAAUUCCUGUCCAUGAGGUAUGGACAGAGUUCAAACUACUGUUGCAUGGUAUCAACAAAAGAUAGGAUCUUAUGAUAAACAGCUUUGGGAACAGUCUGUGGAACAGAAAGUUAUUGAGGGAAUCCAGCAAGCUCCAAGAAGAGUUGUCCGACCUAAAACAGAACUUAUAGAUGUAGAUCUUGUGAGAGGUUCAACAUUUACCAAAGCUAAACCACAGGUGCCAUGGACGUACAUUACAAUCAAAACAUUCAGUCGAGUUGUGCUUUUUCCAUUCCAUUAUCAAUGGUGGAUACAGCAGACGUCACUGCCAUUCUGGAUGUUCCUCAUGGUAUUGUAUACAAUGCAGAUUAUUACAACAUGUGUGUUCUUCAACAAUGUGGGAGAAGAAUUGACUCAGGAAGAGCAGUCAUUAAGUGAAGUUGUGAUCCCAUUUAUCCUGAUGGUGUUUCUUGGACUCAUCCAUUCACAGACAAUACUAACCCACCUGAAACCCCCUGUCAGGGACAAUAAAAGGGAUGGUUGGAGACGGAAAAGGUCCUUGUCACAGAACAGAGGAAGUGUUUCUAAUAUUGAUGUGAUUGGAAGUGCUUCUACAGCUCAAUGUGACCCCUCACCUAACCAAUCCAAAUCCAGUAUGAAAGGUCAUAAAGGGUCAAGGCCGCUUAGAGAAAGGACGAAGGAAAGAAGAGUGAGAUUGAAACCCAACAAUCAGCGGCCGAGUUUGAGACGGGAACACAGUCACGAAAAGUGUUCUCAGGACUCUGAAUCAGCUUACCACACUCACGAAGCUAGUGACUCUAUUGCUGAUAGAACAUCUUCAGUUGAACAUGAUUCAAAUGGUUGUGGAAAGAGAGAUAACUUAGUUGAUAAUAAAUUGGAUAUUUCUCCAAGAAUUACUGUGUCUUGCAGUUCUGAGGCUACAAAAAAAGUUCAAGCAUUUCUUAAAAAGAAUGAAAGUCAAGAAAGUGAUUUUCCAAAGGAUUCUAAUUCAGAUGAUGACAAGUUAGCCGUGAUUGAUGAUGGUUGUGAAAAGUCUAAAAGGCAUAGUCAGUCGAUUUCCUCUGAUAAUGAUGAUGAUGAUGUAUUAAAAGUGAACACCAGCCCAGUAACUGUGAAUGCUACUUCAGUCGGAGCAGAAACAUUUGUUGGCAUCAAGUCAGAGGAUAAGAAAAUACUUGACACAGGAAAUACUGACCUUAGUAAGAAAAUACAGUUUGAGGGUGAGUCACAUGUGGAAUCUAAUAAGGUCAUGCCAAAUCAAGACUCAUCUGUAAUACAGUGUAGUGGUGAAGCUAGUACCAAAGAAGUCAUAAACGACAAUCAUAGAAAAACUGACGAAAAUAGCUCAAGUGGUAAAGUUGUUUUGAAAAAACAACCACAUACUGAAGACAGUGAUGGUUCUUUUUUAAACAUAUCACUUGAGAACUCUCCAGAAAAGGAGAGCAGGAAUGGUGCUUGUGAUACAAAUAAUGAAACCAAAGAAUUAUCUAGUCAAAAAAGAGCUUUAAAAAGUACUUGUCCAACUAGUUUGAAGCUAGAAAGUCAUACUGACUAUAUGUCCAAAUCUUCUGAAUUUACAAAAGAUGCACAAAACAGCACCACACAUUCUGUCAGUUCUGUCCAUUUUACUAAAGACUUAGUUCAACUAAGGGAGAUCACUCCAAAAAGCUCAAGGGAGGGAACUCCUACUCAUACCCAAUCAGAUGUCUUGUUACAAACAAAGAGAGCUUUGAGGGGAAGUGGUAUGUGCCCAAAUUCUGACACCGAAUCGGAAUCAGACAAUAAUCUUGCCUCUACUAAACUCUUGCCAAAUGUUAGACGGAGAAAAAUGAACUUGCCAGACUCAACAGAAAUUAGUGGAAACAUUUUGAGAAAUCGUAGACAAGCCAGUUUGACUCUUAGAGAUGCUAAGACCCACAGUACACACAGUACAACUGGGGUCAGUUCUUCAGAGGGAGAAACCGAGGGUACGGAAUACAGUCGAGGUAGUCGAAGGAACAUGGCCAGUUCAGAAGAAUGGGGUGACCAUUUGCAGUCCGAUGUUAACAGUACGACUGAGUCGAGCAGCUGUGGAACAGAGCCGGAGAUUGCUGAAAAUGAGGAACCAGACCAGGAGUCUGAAAAUGAAGCACAGUCUGUACAAAGUGGCCAAAAUGUGGGAAUAACAACCAGUAACUUACAUGCCAUGAACAUUCUUACAUCUUCAACCUCGAGCAGUACAUACCCACCAGAUAAAGUAACAUGUAUAAUUUGGGAGAGAAAUGAGUGUAAAAAGGUUGAACUUACAGCGUUGGACAUUGGCUGGGCAAUUAUUGAAACUGUUCAUAAAAUUCCAGAAAGUUCAGACUACAUUUUUAUAGGGUUAACGUUCUCUCUCCUUAUGUCUGCCACACCCUUCUUAUUUGAAGCGUUUCAUUCUAAGGAUUUACCAGCAUUAUUGAGCUGGGAUAUUCUGUCUGUGAUCUGGGAGUGGAGUGGUAAAAACACAUGGAGGUCAAGGUUGAUCCAUACAAAUGCUGCCUUACAAAGGUUUGCUCUAAGUGCAAUCUUCUUUUUUCUGCUGUCUGUGGCAGACAGAACUUUCAAACAGAGGUUACUGUAUGCCAAGCAUUUCUGUUACCUGACCUCGUCAAGGAGAGCGAGAAAGUUUGACCUGCCUCACCUGAGAUUGAAUAAAGUGAGGAAUAUCAGAACAUGGCUCUCACUCAGAUCCUACCUGAAGAAACGAGGACCACAGAGAUCUGUAGAUGUAAUUGUAUCCUCAGCAUUUCUCCUGACUCUCAUUAUGCUGAUUCUGAUGUGUUUACAGUUACUGAGGGAAGCUGAGACUUACCUGAACUAUUUAGUGAACUGGGAAUUGUUGCUGUGGUGUAUGGCACUGGGGGUGUACUUGCUACGGUUUAUGACCCUGGGGUUGAGGAUCAACAAGAAAUACCGUAAUCUGUCUGUACUGAUCACAGAACAGAUAAAUCUGUACCUGCAGAUGGAACAGAAACCGCACAAGAAGGAAGAGCUCAUGGUAGCAAAUAACGUGCUCAAGUUGGCAGAAAGUCUCUUAAAGGAAUUAGAGAGUCCUUUCAAGAUCUCUGGUAUAUCUGCAAAUCCACUGAUACUGAAUGUCACCAAGGUGGUUGUGUUGUCGGCAUUCUCUGCUGUGCUCACUGAACUCCUUGGUUUUAAGCUCAAGUUGUACAAAAUUAAGCUCAGAGCUUAAUUGAACAGACCUUACAUAAUGUUUGGAUCCUCUAUAUUGGAUUUAACCCAACAUUUGACAGAAUCAUUCCAGGAGUUUUGUCACGAGAUCUCGAGUUGUUGUGAUUUUUUGCUAAGAUGUAAUCUUAACAUUUGUUAUAGGAAACUAGGAGUAAAAUCUCAGAUAGACUGUCCAUAUGAGACCAGUCUAAAAAGUCAAGAAUUUGACUGGUUGUUUUUAAGCACAAUCUUGGUAUCAUCCAAUGACAAGAUUGCAUUUUGAGACUGGUCUAAGUUUAGUUUAAUAACCUUUUAGCCAGCAUUUUUUCUUAAACUGUGUUAAGCCAAUCAGUUAGGGAGUUGUAUUAAUAUUGUUGGAAAUUGUUAUUUAGCUUACAGUGUAAUUUAGUUGUAAGCUUUAGAUGCAUAAUACAAAGCUUGAUAGAGUUUGUUAAAGCUGAAAGUGCAGCUCAGGGUUGAUAAAAAUUUGUUCUUGCCAGUAGAAUUUUAAUUUGGAGGAUGUUAAGUCCAAAACUUGAAAUUGUUAAACUUGUGAAUCAGAAUUAAUCUGAGAAUUUUUAUUGAGCCCACCCUGAAUGUUUAACUACACUGCCUAUAUAUUCUUGACAGCAUGUAGCAUUGUUUUAGUACUCUUGUAUGAAAGCUCUUACACAUAUUCAUUGUUUAUCAAGCACAAGUAAAAUUGGCUUUGUUUAGGAAAAAAAGAAGUUUGGAAAAUUGUUGAAAUUAUUCAGGUUGCUCACACAUUAUUCAUUAGUUUUGAGAUUUUUUUUUAAAAUAGGCAAUGCCUGCUUUAAUUGUAGACAUUUUGAAAUUUUCAGUGCAUACUGUGCAGAAAUGUCAGUGAAAGUCCAUGACAAUUUUCAAGGAUAAAUUCAGUUCAAAUAAAUGAUAAGAUGAAAAUUUGACUGGAGUUAACCAGACAGAAUUCUCCAUUCUUCUUGUAUUCAGUUAGGUAAUUCUAAGUUCUGAACUCAACACAUUAUAGUGUACACUUUAUAUAGAAAUCAAUCAAACAAGUAUUUUUUUCAUAUUUUUUCAUUGUAUGUUUGAAAUUGUAUCCUGACUUGUGGGUUCUCAGUGGUGCCUUAAUGUGUGUUCAAUACAUCUUGGCAUUUAACCAUUCAAAUACAGGCUGAACAUGAAUAAAUCAAUUUAUUUUA